AUGCAAGACGAAGCCGAAGCCGUACUCUGCUCGGGAAAGAACAUCUUUUACCUACCCUUUGGCGCGAUGGGACAAUUCUAUGACUGGGCGUACCGGACGAUGAGAACCAUACCCCCAGUCAAGAAGCUCGAUUGCGCCUUCGAUAUGCGUGAUGUUGCGGAGAACACGUCCGCUAUGGUCCAACGGAUGAAAGCUGAGAACAGGCUCGAUGUCGUCGGGGACGACUUCGAGCGCCUUUCCAGGAGUGAGAAAGCGGAGCUUCUGCACCAUGAGAGCAUUGGAGACCUCUUAUGUGUUUGGACGGACAAGAUCCACGCUUUUAGUGUGCAUGAUCUCGACCUACUCCGCCUUGAUCUGAGCAAUUGCCGGUGCCUCUCAGGAUGUUGCUGGCUUGGGCAAGAACUGCUAGAGAACCUGGAUUUCGACCAGACUUAUGCAGAGUAUCCUCGGCGAAUCGAAAUCAUUGGCGCUUUGAAGGAGGAAGAAGACUUGUGGAGAGCUGCAGUUGGACGAGGCAGUGACGUUCCCUUGGAACGCGUAUUCUUCAUAGAUGCUCCGGAGCAUGUCUGA